GAAGGGCAGCGGCGCCGGAGGAGGAGGCGCGCCUGGGGCCGGCGCUGGCGGAGGAGCCGCCGCCGCCGCCGCCGCUUGCACCGAGGAGGAACUGCUGCGCAAAGCCGCCAUCAGCCCCGAGGACGUGCUGGGGCUCCCCAAGAUCACCUCCGACUACCUCUGCACCCCAGAGGAGAACGUCUACAAGAUAGAUUUCACUCGGUUCAAAAUCCGAGACAUGGAGUCGGGCACGGUGCUGUUUGAAAUCACCAAGCCACCGGCUUCAGAGCGAGAGCACAGUGACAAGAAGGACGUCGACCCCAACGCCGGGCGCUUCGUGCGCUACCAAUUCACACCGGCGUUUCUGCGGCUGCGUCAGGUUGGAGCCACGGUGGAGUUCACCGUGGGCGACAAGCCCAUCAAUAACUUCCGCAUGAUCGAGAGGCAUUACUUCCGGGACCAGCUGCUGAAGAGUUUCGAUUUCGAGUUCGGGUUCUGCAUCCCCAGCAGCAAAAACACCUGCGAGCACAUCUACGAGUUCCCCCAGCUCUCCGAAGACCUCAUUCAGGAGAUGAUCCUGCACCCCUACGAGACCCAGUCAGACAGUUUCUACUUUGUGGAUAGCAAGCUGGUGAUGCACAACAAAGCGGAUUAUUCCUACAGCGGGGGACCCUGACGCGCAGCCCGCAGGCGCCUUCCCCGCAAAUUCCUGUAGAAAUGGGUCCGGGUUUCCGCCGGCCUGCGUUGGCAUGGAGAGCCAGGAUCCGAGGACCCUGCCAGGAGCUGGAGUUUCGGGACUAAAAUUAGCUGAAGUCGUUAACUGUUCCUUGAGCUGUCGAGGCAACCCCCACCCCCCCAC